UGGUUGCUUAAAAGCACAAGCAACAAAGAAUUUUAACUACUAAAGAGCAAACAUACACUACAGUCAUCUACAGAUUAAAGCUUUAAGCUUUGAUGAUGAUCAUCACAAAUCUGCUCAGCCGGACAUUUAUCUAUCUAAAUCUUAUAAUGAUCCUCAUGACAAGUCAGACUCUGACCUUUAAUAUUAUAAUGACAUCGUCUAAGAAGCAUCAGGAUAUAACUCGUGACGCGAUUUUACAGACAACAGCCAAUAUCUGCAGAUCACGAGCAAUCCAGGAGGGACGAAAUUUCGAUAUGCCAGGCACACUGACAGUGCGGUCAGUGGCAAGAAGUUGUUACUCAUCUGAUUCAACCAAAGAUUUUCAAAGCAGCAUAAAUGACAUUAAUGAACACAAUGCUUUUGUUGAUGUUAAGCAUUUUCGUGAUGCCCCUUACCAUUUUGACAAUGAGGAGAUUUUGGCUGGACGAGACCUUAUUACUGAAGGACGUUUUACUGUCAAAUACAGUGUCAAGGAGCAGAACUAUCAAGCUGCCAGAGAAGCCCUUGGUAAAAUCCUACACACUUUGCAGGAUUUCUAUAGUCAUAGUAACUGGAUUGAAAUGGGAAAAACAGAACCAUAUUCCAACCUGAUUAAGCCAGAAAUCCCAAUUAACAACAUAGCAGAUUCAGAAACAUGCAGGAAAUGUACUGAUGACAACUGCAUAGGAAACAUCUUAGAGGAUGUCAUUAUACAGCAGAAACUAACAACAGGAUACUCUGGAAAUUACAAACCACAAGAUUAUGGCCCACUUAUAUGAACAAAUGAUCCUGAUGUGUUUAAACAGCAACUCAAUGCACUUACAGUUGGUAAUGGAGGAGAUUCUCCAGAAAUGAGUCUCUCAGGACUCCAGCUUGCCCUCACUGGAUCUCCAGCACAAACACAGAUUUUUGUUUUCACUGAUGCUGAUGCAAAAGAUAAAUGGUUAAAAAACACUGUGCAAGCAUUGAUUGAAAGAACAAAGUCUGUAGUGACUUUCAUGCUGACUAACACCAUUAGUUCUCGGCGUCGCAGGAGUGCUGGCGGUGCAGAUGGCCAGCAACUAGUCUCCCCUCAGCUGUUCAAUUCACAAGUCUACCAGGACCUGGCUCAGGCCUCUGGGGGCAGCGCUAUUGAGGUCACCAAAGAUACUCUGUCCCAAGCUACUGACAUUAUUGCAGCUACAUCCAGAUCUACACUGGUCACGCUUUUCCAGGCUGUAAGAAACCCAGCAAAAGCUGAAAAAUUGUCAGCAUUUGUGGACACGUCUGUGCAAAACCUGAUCAUUUACAUAACAGGGAACUCUCCAGAAUACACCAUCACUAGUCCCUCAGGAGUCUCACAGAGCAGCACUGAACUGAAUGGGGCUUUGGGGAUUAUUCAGAAAGUUGGUAACUUUCACACAGUGCAACCAAAUAUUGCAGAUCAGACUGGAUGGUGGGUUUUUGACAUUAAAUCAACACAGCCCUACAGCAUCAGAGUUGUUGGUCAAAGCGAGGUUGACUUCCUCUUUGACUUUGUAGAAUUUUCACAAGGGCUUCAUGCAAGCUAUGUUGCAUUAAACAGCAGGCCUUUAACAAACAACAAUGUCACCCUGUUGGUUACCAUGGUCGGUGGGGAUACCAUACAGCCUACAGAGGUGUCUCUGAUAGAAACUUCAACUUCAAAUUCUUUUAACGGGAUACUAGAAUUGGUAGCUAGUGGGCAGUACAUGCUGACCUUCAACAGCAUCCCAGCAGGAAAGUUCACUGUUCAUGUGGUUGGACAGCUCAGUCCCUCUUGAUCUUCAGAUAACACCUUUCAGAGACAGUCACCAACUCAAUUCCAGACAUCAAGUGUGAACAUAACGACUCCACCAGUUGGAACAAUGCAACCAGGAAAACAAUUCAUUCUGCCUUUCACAGUUGCAACCAGUGGCAAUGGAGGAAUCUUUAAUAUCAGCGUCAGCAAUGAUCGCAAUUUUGACACUCACUAUAACUCAUCUAUCACUCUUGUGAGUGGGGUCAGUGCGAAUGGCACAGUAACUCUAUUUGUUCCUGAAAAUACUCCCUCUGGAACUGAUGUCACUGUGACAAUUGAAGCUGAAGCACCAAAUGCAAGCGACUUCAAGCGACUUCUGUCAUUGCUCCGGUAA